CAACACCCUCACCUCAUACAUGCUCCUGAAUUUGUGUCAAUUGUUUUUUAGCAAGUGUUCCUGAAUUUGUGUCAAUAAUUCCUUCAUAAAACAACCCAGUCCAAGUUGUCCAAUCCAACAACCGAUCCACCUCCUAAAAAAUUUGUCCACUCUGUCCCUGUCCAACAAAUUAUUUAAGUCAUAUUAAUACUGCCUGACAAUGUUGAAAAAACUGAAGCGAAAAGUCAGAACCUUGAUCACCAAAAAACCUCGCAGACCCAAUAAACCUCCAACACCCCCUUCAUCUCCACCGCCACCUGAAACCCCGAUCAUGUCAGAGCCACCACCACCGCGAACCGAACAUCCCCGACCAUUCCUCUUCCCCCGAAUCCAGUCCACAGUCCUCCCCGAUCCCUCCCUCUUCUUCUCCCCUGCACUCCUCUCCACCCCACUUCCCACAAACUCUUUCUUUCAAAACUUCACCCUAAAAAGGGGUGACCAGCCUGAGUACGUCCACCCCUACCUCAUAAAAUCCUCCCUCUCCUCUCUUUCCCUCUCCUACCCAUCUCGCUUCUCCAACUCAGGUUUCAUCUAUCAGAUUUUCAACCCUGACCUCAGCAUCUCCGCCUCAGAAAGCACCCACCCAGAUGCUAAAAAAACGCACAUUAUCUCCUCCCACGGUGAUCUCAGUGUCACUCUGGACUUUCCCUCUUCCAACCUGAGGUUCUUCCUUGUCCGGGGAAGCCCGUUUCUGACUUGUUCCGUCUCUGGCGGCACCGCCAUUUCGAUAUCAACCAUCCACGCCAUUCUCUCAUUUUCAUCAAACGCUGCUCUCACCAAGUACACCGUCAAGCUCAACAACGACCAGACAUGGCUCAUAUACACGUCCUCGCCGAUCAGUCUCUCAAACAGCCUCUCCAGGAUCACUUCUACUGGGUUUUCGGGCAUAAUUCGGAUUGCAGCGUUGCCGGACUCCGAUCCAAGACACGAGGCGAUCCUUGACCGGUUCAGUUCUUGUUACCCGGUUUCCGGUGAUGCUGUGUUCACUGAGCCAUUUUCCUUGGAAUACAAAUGGGAGAAGAAAGGGUGGGGGGAUUUGCUAAUGUUAGCUCACCCUCUCCAUCUUCGGCUACUAGACGGUAAAGAUUCUAAAGUUACUGUCUUGGAGAACUUUAAGUAUAAGAGUAUUGAUGGUGACCUUGUUGGUGUUGUUGGAGAUUCGUGGGGAUUGAAACCAGCCCCAGUGCCUGUAAAUUGGCAUUCAAUUAGAGGUAUCAAAGUAGAAUCAUUUGCUGAGAUUAUCUCUUCUCUCUCUGCGGAAGUUGAUGCUUUGAAUUCCGCGGCGAUAUCAACCAAUUCAUCUUAUUUUUACGGGAAAUUGAUUGCAAGAGCGGCAAGGUUGGCAUUGAUAGCAGAGGAGGUCGAUUUUUUUGUGGUGAUACCUAAGAUAAAGAAGUUCCUGAUGGAUACAAUUGAGCCAUGGUUGGAUGGAACCUUUAGUGGGAAUGGUUUUAUGUAUGAUGCUACGUGGGGUGGAAUUGUCACUAAGCAAGGGGCAUUGGAUUCUGGGGCUGAUUUUGGUUUUGGUGUGUAUAAUGAUCACCAUUAUCAUUUGGGUUACUUCCUUUAUGCAAUUUCAGUGCUUGCCAAGAUUGACCCGGCGUGGGGGAGAAAGUAUAGGCCUCAAGCUUAUUCACUUAUGGCUGAUUUUAUGAAUUUGGGAAGGAGAUCAAAUUCGAAUUAUACACGUCUGAGGUGCUUUGACUUGUAUAAAUUGCACUCUUGGGCUGGAGGGCUAACAGAAUUUGCUGAUGGGCGGAAUCAAGAGAGCACAAGCGAGGCGGUGAAUGCUUAUUAUUCAGCAGCUUUGAUGGGGUUGGCCUAUGGAGACACACAUCUUGUUGCCAUUGGAUCAAUGCUUGCAGCCUUGGAAAUUCAGGCUGCUCAAACAUGGUGGCAUGUGAGAGAGAGUGAUAAUAUGUAUGAGGAGGUUUUCGCUAGGGAGAACAAGGUGGUGGGUGUAUUGUGGGCUAACAAGAGGGACAGUGGACUAUGGUUUGCUCCACCUGAAUGGAAAGAGUGUAGGCUUGGAAUUCAGGUGCUUCCCCUACUGCCAAUCACUGAGGUCUUGUUCUCUGAUGUUGAUUUCGUGAGGGAGCUUGUGAAGUGGACUUUACCUGCUUUGCAAAGAGAGGGAGUUGGAGAAGGGUGGAAGGGAUUUGUCUAUGCCUUGGAAGGGAUUUAUGACAAAGAAGGUGCUUUGGAGAAGAUAAGGAACUUGAAUGGUUUUGAUGAUGGGAACUCUCUCACUAAUCUCUUAUGGUGGAUUCGUAGCAGAGGUAAUGAAGAGGUAGAGGGAUGUGGGAGAGGAGGAAAGCACGGCUGGUUUGUUCAUUAUUGUCACUGAAUUUGUUUGUGUUCUGACUGAGUUGAGUUGAAUAAGACAUGAUAUGCUUGAACUUUUUUAUAUAAACAUCAUAAUAAAACGAAUUAUA